AUGGAGGGGCCGAAAACCCUGGGCUCCUGCGGCCACUCCCACCCCCAAUGUCCCCCCACCCCGGCCUCAAGCAGCCACGGAGGAUGCCUGGAGCAGCCCUGCCAGGGAUUUGUAAGGUGGCCCUGCCUGAUGUCCCUCCCCUCGGCCCACUCCAUGGAGGCGGCCAGGCCCUUCCCAGUCCCUCCUGCAGGGGUCUCGGGGUCCCGGGUGGGAGGUGAGGUCCCCAGGAUCUUUCUCUCCAGCGAGGAGGGAGAGCCUCCCCAGCCCAGAGCCCUCCGGGAGCCUGUGGCCGGCCCGAGCCAUGCUGGUUCGGAGGCAGGCCUGGGGUGGGGCUGGCCCCUGCAGCAGGGCACGCCCAGACAAGGGGGGAUGCCCAGCUCAGAGCCCAGGUCCUGUCCAUGCCCGUGUCCGCCGGGGGGAGGGGCCCCGCCCAGGGCGCCCCCCGACCCGCUGGGGUCUGCAGAACCGCCCUUCCUGCAGCUGCAGCAGGAGAACCACAGCCUGAAAAGGCAGAACCAGGACCUCCGGGAGCAGCUGGGGGCCCUGCUGGGACCCGGACAGCAGUUUCUGCCCCUGUGCCCCGAACACUCCAGCUGCACGGCCCUGACCUGGAUAAGACCGCCCGAGCCCUGCCCCGCGCGGCCCCCCGAGGACAGGGCCCCUCUGCAGCUGCUGAGACAGGAGGUGUGCCGGGGGGAGGAGGCCUUCGUGCAGCAGUCGCAGAACGAGCUACAGCAGAUCCGCCUGUCCUUUGAAAGGAAGAAGAUGGCCAUCACCGAGGUGUGGGACGGCGUGGCGGAGGUGCACAUGGCCCUCAACAACCAGGCCACCGGGCUCCUGAACCUCAAGAAGGACAUUCGAGGUGUGCUGGACCAGAUGGAAGGCAUCCAGUUGGAGAUCCUAGGAGAGCGGGCCCAGUGCCGCACCCAGGCCAGGAAGGAACAGAACCUGGCGUGCGUGGCGAGAGGGAGGCCUUCGCUACCAUGCUCCGAGGGCCUCAAGGGCCAGAUCUGGCUGCUGGCCCUGAGGCUGCUGCUGGGCGCCCUGCUGGCCUGCACCGCCGCCUACGUGUACGUGGUGGACCCCGCGCCCUUCGAGGGGCUGGUACCGCCCCUGCUGAGCCGCGCCGCCGUCUGGAAGCUCCGGGCCCUGCUGGGCCCCUUCCUGCGCCUCGAGGUGGACGACUUCCUGCCCUUCUAG